UUUUUUCCGAUACGUGGCAUAGGCACGAACAACUUCCACGUUCGCCGCCAUUUUGACAUACAGUGAAUAGUAGAGACUUUAGUGGAUUGAAUCGUUUUUACUUCAUUUAACACUCAUUUCCUCGAAAAAAAAUUAAAUUCUUAAGGCAUCAAAAUGGGGAAUAUGUUUGCAAAUUUGUUUAAAGGCCUAUUUGGCAAAAAAGAAAUGAGAAUAUUGAUGGUUGGUCUUGAUGCAGCUGGUAAAACCACAAUCUUAUACAAACUUAAAUUAGGAGAAAUUGUUACAACAAUUCCCACUAUUGGAUUUAAUGUGGAAACUGUAGAAUACAAAAAUAUAAGUUUCACUGUGUGGGACGUUGGUGGUCAGGACAAAAUCAGACCACUAUGGAGGCAUUACUUCCAGAACACACAGGGUCUUAUCUUUGUAGUAGACAGUAAUGAUCGAGAGCGUAUCGGCGAAGCGCGCGAGGAACUGAUGAGAAUGUUAAGUGAAGAUGAAUUACGAGAUGCAGUACUUUUGAUCUUUGCAAACAAACAGGAUCUGCCAAACGCUAUGAAUGCAGCUGAGAUAACAGACAAAUUGGGUCUGCAUUCACUGCGUAAUCGUAACUGGUACAUCCAGGCAACGUGCGCUACAUCUGGAGACGGGCUAUAUGAAGGGCUCGACUGGCUCUCCAAUCAGCUCAAGAAUGCCAACCGCUAAUCACCUGUGCGCUAUCAACUCGCAGACUAAUCUGAUUACUGAAAGAGACUAUGGUUUAAGAUAUGUUAACUUUAUUUGCUAUAAAUGAAUACAAUGUAUUAUGUGCGGUAUCAUAAAUGUAUUACUGUGUCACCCGGUGACCGAGCUCGCAUCGCAUUCUCGCCGAACCACUUGCUUACACCGAAUUCCAAGUACGUCGUUUCCAAUGAACCAACGUAUUACUAACUAAAUAAGCAAAGCGGUGCAUUCUUCAAAUGUCAAUGUCAAAUGUUAUUUCAAUAUUAAUUUGUACAAAAAAGGGGUCAUACUGUACUUAGUGCAAUGAGGUAUUAGUCAUUGGGACUGCGUUGUUUGUUCGAUCUCUGAUGACUUUGAACAAAUAUAGUGUGUAAAGUUAAAGCAAAAUUACAAUUUUUGUUUAUAUAUGUAUUUGUAAACAAAAAAAAAAAACUGUAUAUUUGAUUAAUUGCGCAUUGUGAUGUGGAUAGGUACAUAUGUGUAGCUGACUCGUGAUACAGUGAAUCACAGCAUAACAUGUUUUAUAUGUAUACUAUAAUGUGGUAUAAGAUGUCGUAAUAAAGUAUUUAAAGUUAAUUCA